UGGAUGUCGUCUUCAUUCGGUUCGAAACGACUAAGAUCUGUUGUCUAAAAACGUCAAUUCUUUGAUACUUUUCUUGCACUCAGUGGACUUUUAAAAAUGUUUAACAAAUACUUUAGCCUCUUUGGUCUUUUCUUAGUCCCUUGCUUUUGGCAAACUGUUCAAACUUGUGAUGAGAAUUCCAACGAUUCGCAAGAAGACUUGGCUCAUGAUUCAGUGAUGACAGAAGCUCGUAGAUUCCCAUUUAAUCCUUGGCUACCUUACUACUAUUACAUGCCAAUGCCAGUCGAGUAUCCAACAGCUAUGAGUACGAGGACAUUCCCUGCGUUCGUACCUUUUACAAGCUGUACAACUCCCAACAGGGAAAUGGGUAUCUGCGCAGAGAGCGGAGCUUGCAUCCGAGGUGGUGGCCGUGCCAGUGGCACUUGUGUCCUGGGCCGUGUCUGUUGUGUCAACGUUGUGUCCAACACCUGCGAUGAUGAAGAUCGGAACGUCGUUACCUUGGACAACACUUAUUGGCUGUCUCCGACGACUGGCCUUAGUUCUACGACGAGCAGCUGCGGUUUGACAGUCAAGCUGGACGCCAAGUUGCCGGAGCAAGGAAAGGCUGUCUGUCAAGUCCGUUUGAAUUUCGUACUUUUCACCAUCGCUCAACCGAAUUCGGAGUCUGUUUGUAACACGGACACAUUCGAUGUAGCAGGAGCCUCUAACAAGAUACCGACCAUUUGUGGGGACAACGAAGGACAGCACAUGUACCUAAAUGUGCCAUCUUCAGCCACCUCUCCUACCGACCUGCAGUUGUCUUUCAACUUUGGAACGAAUUCGAACUCUAUCCGCGCUUGGAACAUUCUCAUUUCCAUGAUACCUUGUGAUUCGGCCAAUCUCGCGCCAUUGGACUGUCUGCAAUAUUUCACCGCACGAACGGGAACUGUGCGUUCAUUUAACUGGAGGGAUGUUGGAGGAACGCGUACCCGACAAUUAGCCAAUCAAGACUAUAGCAUCUGCUUCAAAACAAUGCCCGGUUUUACGAAAACUUUAUGCUUGACGCCAUGUACGGUAACCUCAAAUCAGUUGCCAUUCAGCAUCAGCGUAGCGUCUACCCUUUCACCAGCUGGGCCUAGGCCUGGCCAGAGUCAACUUGUCCCUUUGAAUUGUAAUAACGAUUUCCUGGUCAUCCCAGGUGGGUUCAAUAGUGGAAAACCACCGUCCGUCGAUGGCAUGGCGUACGAUCGCUAUUGCGGAGAGAGGCUCAAUGCCUUGCCCGGCAACGGUGCAUCUACCACUAUCUGCACGACUGCGACGCCAUUUAGACUUUUAUUCCGCACGAAUGGCGACGAGACGACGACGUCGCCAACACCCGAUUCGCCCACCAAUGGAAAUCGUGGAUUCUGUCUCACCUUCCGAAAUCAAUAAUUCGCAAUUCAAUCGGCUAAAGUGUUAUUGCCAUUCUGUUUUUCUAUUUAUAUUUGAGGUGUGGUUUUCUGUAUUCAAUGUAGACUCAUGGGGUUUAAAUAAAAAGGUUUUUACGCUGCA